CGCAAUGCGCACGCAUCUUGCGCCUGCGCACUAUUCCCUCCCAACUGGAAGGAGCGGCGCCAUUAGGCACGGAGUGUUCCCGGGGGUCGCAGCGCUCACCUACAGCGGGAAACGCGGAAUUGUUCUCUCUUGGUGACAAAUCCUGCCACAUCCUAAGAAUGGCAGUAGUCAUCCGCUUACAGGGGCUUCCUGUUGUUGCUGGCUCAACUGAUAUCCGUCAUUUCUUUUCUGGAUUGCAUAUUCCUGAUGGAGGAGUUCAUAUUACUGGUGGAAAGAUUGGGGAGGCCUUUAUUAUAUUUGCUACAGAUGAAGAUGCUCGACGGGCUAUGAGUCGCUCAGGAGGCUUCAUAAAGAAAUCACGAAUUGAGCUUUUUCUCAGUAGUAAGGCAGAAAUGCAACAUACCCUUGAGAUGAAUAGGAAAGGAAACAAAGACUUGGGGCCAACACCUGAUAUUUCAAAACUGCUAAAUGUCAUGAAGAAAGGUAUAUAUCAGAAGAACAUGGCCAAUAAAAGUAAUGUAGAAGCUGGUUUUGAUAGCAGUGGUGCAAAGUACACAGAAGAAAACAUGCCAAGGCCAAAAUAUCAAGGGAAGAAAGACAUAUGGCCAUUAAAAGAUAAUGGUUAUGGAUAUGUAUUUUUAUAUGGGCUUCCAUACACAGCGAGUGAACUUGAUGUUAAAGAAUUUUUUCAUGGUUUCAAUGUGGUAGAUUUGCACUUUUCUGUUCGUCAAAAUGGAGUUAGAGAUGGAAAUGCCUAUGUUAAAUUUGGCAGUGUUCAGGAUGCACAGGCAGCUCUUUCACGUGAUAAUGAAUAUAUUGGUCAUAGAUACAUUUGUGUAAAGUUGUGCAAUGAACAAAAGUGGAUUGAAGCUGGUGGCCCAACUGAUGAAAGAAAUGAGUCUGUUCGUAAAAAUAGACAGUGGUCACCCAGAUUUCCUUCAAAAAAUCAUUCAAGGUCCAGAUCUCCAAAGAUACACAGAACAAGGUCACGCUCGCCCCAUAAUCAGCAGUUCUACUUACACCUCUUAAACAUGUCAUAUUCUGUGCAGAAGACAGAUAUUAAAUUGUUUUUUGGUGAUCCAGAUAUUCCAGAUACACAGAUCAAACUCUUAUUAGACAGAAAUGGUGUCCAGACAAGAGAAGGAUUUGUUCUGAUCAAAAAUGAAAAGUUUUAUCAGAAAUGUCUUGGCUUACACAAAGGCCUUUUAAAUGGCCGUGAAGUUUGGGUAUACCCCAUUGCCAGAAAGGAUAUGUUGGAGUUAAUUGAAUCCUCGGAGAGACAACAACUAGAAAGGAACACCUCAGAAGACCCUUCUCCAAAAAAGAAAUUCAGAGACCGUUCAAACCUCAAAAGAUAUAUGUAUUUGAGAAACUUUCCUUUUAAUGUUAGUAAAAGUGAGGUUCAAAAAUUCUUUGCUGGGUUUCCAGUGGAUGAACAAGAUAUUUUUUUGCUGUAUGAUAGUAGAGGCGUUGGUCUUGGUGAAGCACUAGUUACUUUUCCGUCGGAGCACCAGGCUAUCCUUGCUGAGGGCUUGAAUCAGCAGAAGUUCUUGGGAACAGAAGUGUUACUAAGACGCAUCUCAGAAGAACAAAUGAAAGAACUUGGAGCCUUCCCUGAGGAUCACAAUGAGAGAGAACCUAAACGAUCAACUAGUUAUAGAGAUGAAUAUCUAGAACCUGCUGAACAAGGAUUUGAGGUAUCUGAUUAUGGACACCGUUCAUAUGACCAACCCCGACCUUAUAGGGACGAUGACUUUGGACAUGGUUCUGGAAGCAUAAGGCGCUCUCCGGAAAGGUUGAGAAGCCCAUAUGACAUGAAUCAAGAUGAACCUUAUGGGAGGUUUCAUAUGGGAAACCAGAACGUUGAAGACUAUAAAUCUGGGCCAAUAAAUCGACCAAGGUCAGGUGGAGCGUCGAUACGCUUGAAAAAUGUUCCAUAUACUGCUACUAUUGAAGAAAUUUUAGAUUUCUUUUAUGGCUAUAAUGUGGUUCCUGAUUCUGUAGAAAUGGAUUACAACUGCAAAGGAACAGCUAUAGUGCAUAUGGAAAACUAUGAUGAAGCCGCAGCUGCUGUUAAUGAACUAAAUGAAAGGCCUAUAGGACCACGUAAAGUUCAUAUGAGCAUUAUAAGGAGCUAAUGCAAACCUGCAAUGGGACAUUUAUGAAGAAACUGUAAAAUUUAACCAUUAUAUGGCUGUCCCAAUUAGUGAUAGGGUCUGCAUUUUUUUGUAUUGUGUUUAUAGCUUACAGUCUAGUUUUGUUCUUUCUUGCAUGAAGGCACAAGGUCCAUUAAGCAAUUUUUAUGUUUAAUUCCUUAGUUUGUCUCCAUUACGUUUAGUGGCAACAGUUCAGAUUUAUUUUGUCACCGUUUCCAAAAAUUGGAAAUUGUUACAAUAUUUGGAUUAAUGACUUCCGAGUCAUUAUGUUUCUUGACAUCUUAUUGUGCACUGAUAAAAGUUGGGGAUUAAAACAUUUGAUUUACACAA